CGCUGCAUUGCGGCCGCAGACGGCAGGUGGCUCCCGUGAGUUUUUCCUUUGCGCCUCGGAUUUGUUGGGCCUCCGGCACAUAGCAAUUCGUCUGUACGCGAAACAUCGCAGGCGAUGUCGCCUUAUUGAACUGUAAACGGACGGAUCACCCACCCCUUCCUUAUUUCACUGCUUUCGACACACACACACACGGGUCUAGUUAUUAUAGAGCAGUGCCAGAUACUGGUUUAGAUCCACAUUUGAUUGCUAUAUCAUUUAUAUUUUACCUGCUUUAAUUGGAUUGACCCCUAAUUUAGACGUCAAAGGUAAAAAGCGUCGAAAUGGCCUGGAAUGUUGCACGGGGCUUCAGCAAAGGGUGGGCGCUGACCGCUGUACUGAAUAUAACGCUCAGGCAUGUGAUUCAGUAAAUGAUCCACCAGAGUAUGAACAUUUUCGGUUUGUUUUCCCUUUCACCCCCCUCCCUCCUGCUUUGAGAACAUAAUAACAGUAAUUCUAAAACCCUGCUCCAUUUAGAAUUUUAUUUAGGAUAUUGCAUGUUACACUUAAUACAAUUCUGUGUAUUUACUAAUAAAGCUUGGUAAACAAAAGCAUGUAGUACUUCAUAAAGAGAGAGAGAGAGAGAGAGAGAGAGAGAUAUUAGGGUUAGUGGCAGAAUUAAUGACAGUCUGUUAGCUGGAUUUUAUGAGAAACCUUCCUGACAGCAUGUAGUGGCUGUUUUAAUGAGCCGCUUGCAUCUUUAACAGCAGAAUUAAACAUAUCCUGCGCCCCCGUUUCCAUGUCCGUGUUUGAGCGGGGGCGUCAGUCCUUGUACAGCCGAAGUGUCCUGGAGAAGUGUGCAAUUUACUACAGGCUCACAGCAAACAGCCAAACAGCAGAGUGAUUUCCUUGGACUCCCCGAAGGAUGGGCUUUUUCCUCCUCCGAGGUAGAUGGUAAAAAGAGGUAGAAGUUGACCUGACUUGUUGAUGUUCAGCGUGCGUUAAUUUAUCGAUGGAAACCAAACGCCGGUGCUUCUUUAACGUUGCGCGAAAUGAGCCGGGAAUUGAAUGCAAAAUUGUGACCAUGCUCUGACAACUAUGUUUGCUGUAGCUGCCGCCUUUCCCGUUUUGCAGAAUAUAUUGCGAUUAUUUCAGUGAUGGCUGGUAGGAGACUGCGAUUCGCACACUGUUGUUGAAUAAUAUUGCUAGGGAUUUCUUUAACUUUAUUUAUUCGUGCGGUGCUGUCAUAGGGCAGACGUCAUCUCCUCAAGACCUGGGGCAGCUUUAGUUUUUUCCCCCACCAAUUGUACGAUUCAUAUUUUUAUACUGGAAACGAGGAUCAAUGACAACGCUGUCGGUCCGGACAAAGUGGAAUAUAAUCGGAAUAUAUUUCGAAUUAACAGCAGGUUAAUUUUGUAGAAGUUUUUGGUUGGUAAAUAUGAGCGUCUAUUGGAAAGUUAUUAUUAAAAUCGCUAGUGCUAGUCGAUCGUACUAACCACUCCUCAGAAUGAUGGACAGCGUCAAGGUAAAUGGAAAUCCUUUUGUCAGCGUUAAGGAAAGUCUCCGAUUGCCUUUAAAGCAGACGAUUGUGGAAACUGAAACAUCGCAAUAGCAAAUCCAUACCUGGGAGACGACCCGUCGUCCUUCAAGGCAGAAACACACACGAAGAUCUUCUGUUUUUUAUAUUUUGUUUUAGUGCCUGAUUACUGUCUCAGGCGGUGGCCAUUUCUGUUCAUCGUCCAAAAAAAGAAAGAAAAUAUAGCGGAAAAAGUAAAGAAGUACAUUUUUUACGUGAACUAGACUGUGUGGUUACCUGACGUGUCUGUGGGAGUCGGUGCUUUUUAUUAAACGUUAUAAGCUGCGAAUGAAAGCAACGUGCAGAUACGGAAUGGACACUUGUCUGCAAUCUGCAUUUUUUUGAAGUUUGAGCGACGCUUGUUGACACGGGAUGAUUUUGCCUGUUAAAAAAUCGAUAAUAAAAAAAAAGGCUGUAAUAUCCUGAAUACCAUAGACUGCAUUUGUGUGCACGGAUGUUUAAACGAUGAAAACACGCCGCUUGGCAGCUCCUUUAAACUGUAGGCUGUGGACUUCGCCGAGAAAUAUAAAUUUGUGUUUUUCGUAGAUCAAGGGGCUUUCCGUGCGGGGCUAUGGGACGCUAGUGCACGGGUCCGAGUACAGACGAGGCUGGGUGUGUGUACGCUGCUGUCUGCUUUCAACAGUUCAGUGUUUUUGAGACAUGGCAGCAGCUAUCGCCAGCGGUUUAAUCCGGCAAAAGAGACAAGCUCGGGAGCAGAAUAUUAACCGGCCCUCCACCCAUAGGAGGAGGAAAAGCCCCAGUAAAAACAAGGGUCUCUGCAACGGGAACCUAGUCGACAUCUUCUCCAAAGUGAGAAUCUUCGGCCUCAGGAAGAGAAGACUACGGAGACAAGAUCCCCAGCUCAAGGGAAUAGUGACUAGGUUAUACUGCAGACAGGGAUACUACUUGCAAAUGAAUCCAGAUGGAUCUCUGGACGGGACCAAGGAUGACAGCACUAAUUCUUCUUUGUUCAACCUCAUCCCUGUUGGCCUUCGAGUUGUCGCCAUACAGUCUGUGAAGACAGGGUUAUACAUUGCCAUGAAUGGAGAAGGUCAUCUCUACACGUCGGAACUCUUUACAGCAGAGUGCAAGUUCAAAGAGUCGGUAUUUGAAAACUACUAUGUGAUCUACUCCUCCAUGUUGUACAGACAACAGGAGUCUGGCAGAGCUUGGUUCCUGGGCCUUAAUAAGGAAGGCCAAGCAAUGAAGGGAAAUCGGGUGAAGAAAACCAAACCAGCUGCUCACUUCCUGCCUAAGCCAUUAGAAGUUGCCAUGUACAGGGAACCAUCUUUGCAUGAUGUCGGAGAGACCGUCCCAAAGGCUGCACUACGGCGCAGUAAAAGCACAACUGAGCCGGUGGUAAUGAAUGGCGGGAAACCAGUCAGCAAGCCGACCAAGACGACAUAGCCGGAUCUAUGGGGCCGGACUCUCUCCCUGCUAGGCUCCAGCAUGCUCAUCUGCGGGUCAGGCUCAGGCGACUCGACCUCCUCGCCCUUUCUCCGUAGUCUCGUCACUAGUGGAUUCGCCUGGAGGUUUGGCCAGGGCUCCAGGAGGAGACGACUGGACAGUCGGCCACACUCCGCCGUGGAUUAUCCUACCAGAUAUGGAAUGCCUUUUUAAUCUUUUCUGUAACUGUGACAAUCCAUGAAAAUGAUAUAAUUCACAGCCUCACACAGUACCUUGCCUGCUGGUGGUCACUCCUGAGUCCCCUUUCGAACCCUGUCCCAGCGGAUUCCAUUGAAUUCAGAUCUAUUUUCUAUACCACAGUACACCAGCUGUGUUCUGGAUAGAUGCUGUACAGAUAUACUUAAAAUGGACUGUCAUCUAUUUUUUACAAAUAUGUUCCCUCCUCUUUCUCUUUCUAUCUCUCUUCUAUCAAUCUUUCUCUUUGUCAAAUACUUUGAGAAUUUUGCAGGGGCUACGUGCGAUUUUCUAAUACACAGAUGCACACACUCACACACACGCACACACACGCACAUACACACACACACACGUGCACGCAUGCACAAACACUGAUAUUCCAUUAGAGAUAAUACACCACAGGUGGCCUGGGUCUGUAGGAGCUUUUAGGAGGGCGGUCCUAAAAUUCUGGGAUGGAAAAGUCUCAUUGGCUGCUACACCAAGGGAAUAGAAGCAGAGCAGUAACCUCAGUGUGAACCUUUAUUUCCUGGUAAAAAAGAAAAAUACACAUAUAUACACACACACUGAGGGCCAGCAGAUCCCUCCAGUGACUGGAAAUAGCAGAGCACUGAUUGUGAGCACGGCUGUCAGCGAAAGAGGGGUCCUUCACGCGCGAAGUACACAUAUCACACUGACUCCACCUGCGGUGACGUUUGCCUCGUUUGGUAAAUAGGAACCUGGUUUCUAUUUUCCGUUUAGUUUUACUUUAGAGCGUGGCUCUAGGAAUACCUAUAGGCCUUGUAGGCCUUCUGCAGAGGUUCGAUGCCUCUUACAAUAGUUCCUCUGAACCGUGGACUGGGGGGGGGGGGGGGGGGGGGGGAGAGACCUGACAUGUCAUGUGAUCGGCAGUCAUUAUGGAAUGCCUUCUUCAAAUGGAAAACAGCUGAAUAUAAGCAGAUGCUGUCACCGGCCGCUUACCCUUUCUGUUUGGCGAUACAUUAGGGCUUAGCGCUGUGUUUCCUCCUAGCAGCAGCAGUGCAGGAGUUACGUUACGAUUACAAUGUGUUCACUGUAUGAAGCAAGAGAAAUGUGAUUUUGCUUUUGUUUUUUUCUUUUCUUUUUUUUUUACUAACCGGAAAUGAUUAUGUGUGUGAGGUGAGAUUCCUAGCUCAGCAUGCAGAGUCCAUACUGCCCAUAUUGACCUGUCAUGUGCCUGUGCAGGCCUCUAACCCAGCAUGCAAAAACAUGUACCCAGCCAUUGCUGGGUUAAAGGUGCUUCAUCAUUCGUUCAUGUUUAGCAGGAAACUAGUAGCAUUUUCACUUUAGUAUAGUUCCUUUUCUUUCAAUCCACUUUGCAGAAAUUGAACCUUAAAUUACCAAAGUGUUUGACCUUGACGUUAAAUAAAUUAAUGACAGUAAUCAUAUACACAGCAACAACAUCCAUAACUUGCAUCUUUCUUUGUUCUUCGUUUUCACUGUGACGACACAUUAGCAACCUAUAAGACAUAUAUAAAAGAUAACCAACCAGAUAACCUGCAUUUUGGCCUUUAUGUGAACGUAUCGGCACUAUAGCGUAUACCGAGUUUAGUUACCAAUCAUUUUAAUAGCCUAAACAAUAUAUUACAAAAUAAAAAUAACCAGAUGCAUGCUAGUGCUAAAAUGACCAAAGUAAGCGAGGGUUGAGGGCAGAGCGUUGUUCUGUUAUAUUGGCAUUUAGUUCCAAAUUAAAUCACCUUGUCGCUGCACAAGCGUAAACUCGUUCAUUGCGCACGCGUUCUUGGUUAUCAUUUGAACGCCUUUUCACAGUUUAUCGAGAAUUAUCUGAAUGAGUCAGCAAAUUAACAUAAAACAUGUGUUGCUUUGAUGGUUUCCAUAAUAGUUUUAUUAAAUAAGAGUUAGGAUGUUGUUAUAAAAGUAGACUGAAGGAAAACAGCUAAACUGCAAAUAUAUUAAGGGAUUAAUUUGAAUAUUUUUAAUUUUUGGACCUUAUUAGAACAUUAAGCUAGGAGCCAGUUAAGCACAUUAUGUAUAAUUCAAUAUGUCUGUACAAAGCUACUUUAAUGCUAUUAUACAAUGCAGUACGAUUGAUAAAGGGGUUUAAUGUUUUAAUUUUAUCUAGGGCUGGUGUGCACUGUCUACAUGUUUCAAGUGAUUAUUUUAAACAUUGAACUCUACAUGCUGGGCUAUACUUGCCCUGCAGACCAGCGGACAGGUGAAAGAAGGGUUAUUUAUUUUUGUAAUAUUUGUUGCCUAAUCGUGCGUCUAGGUAGUGUCUUCUGUAAUGGGGUUUAACCGCGUGAAGGUCUUUUAAUGCAUAAUAUUACCUUUUUUUUCCAGCAUAAUCGAACAUCGCAAAAAAGGGUCCUUGUUAUGUGUUCUUCGGGUUUUCUUUCAAAAUCAGUCUUGUCUCACCUGUUGCAUGGAAAGAGGAUGGCACUGAUGCAUGUGGUAGGAUAUAUGUAUCAAGAACUGUUGGUAUGUACCGCUAACUUUACAUACAUAUAUGCAAACAGUUUGUCUGCACUGUACAGUUUGUGUUCAUUGUAUACACUGAUACAACAUAUUGAAUAAAAUAUUUAUAUAAAGCUGUUAUAUCAAAAACAAAUGGAAUUGCAUACAAAGUGUGGUACAUUAUUGCUCUGCUUCUUUGAGUAAUCAAUAAACGGAGGGUGACACAGCCUAGAACCAUUGAAGGCCCAACAGAAUCUUUAAUAUUUAUCGUUAUGAAUGUGGUCGAGGAUAGAAAUACCCAAACAUCCACAUACUAUCCAAAUUUGUGUCCGUCUGCACCUAUAUUGGCGUAUAUCUGGCAAAACCUUGGUUUCCAGUCUUGUUUAUUGAUCUGAGUAGGUUUUUUUUUUUAAUUCAUGUGUCACCUUUUGUUGCCAGGUGCAAUGGAAGAAUGCCGCAGGUUAAUAUGAUCGAGUCAAAAUGUUCAUCAAAGUGUUUUGUGUGUGUGGACUUCACUUGUCCAGUUGUUACUGCAGGUUAGAAUGUUUGUUUUUUUUAAGUCUAAUAAAAAGGCGAAAACUCAA